AGACGACGACGAAACCGCCGCAGUGGAACAUCAGAAGUGUCAUGGGGGGGUCGUGGGUUAGGUAGUGUACAUUGAACAAAGUGUUUUCUGGAGCGUUAUCCAAAUGGCUCUCAGUCUAAGAAGGGAGAGACGGCAAGAUGUCUUCGAAGCAGCUUGCCGCGCGUUACCCUCUCAAGCACCUCCGGAGAAAAAGAGUGAUUUAUUGACGUCAGCACCACACAGGGUAUUCCGAAAGCAGUACGGCCUCGUCGUGGCAGUAGUCUGCGUUACCGCCGUUGGAGCAGCGGCACUCUUUUCCUUCGCCAGCAGGGCACAGGAUGAUGUUCGACCGAAAAGACACACCUCGAGUAUUCCGACUGAGAUCAGCAACGAUGAACCUCCUUCUGUAGUUAGACAGGCUCCAGAAAGCAGCAUCAUCCAAGAUGCGCCAGGACUUUUGCAACAUGACUCCCAGCGGAACCGGUCGCUGCUAUGCCGCUUCUCGCCACGCUACCAGAGUGGAGUCUACCCGUACGGACUCUGCACACACCUCAUCUACGCCAGCGUACAGAACAAGGACGUUCACGGGAACAUCAAAGACACUCUCUUCGUUUAUGACCCCAAAUCAUUCCGCAAGUUUGUGCAUGUACGUGAGACAAGUUCCGACCUCAAGCUGCUGUUGUCGGUCAGCGUAGACGCAUUGCUUCGUGGCGGCACCGAGAGCAACGAUCGUCUAGCACAGGACGCCACAGCGUGGCUCGAUAGUCACGGCGUCGACGGACUUCAUGUGUCAGGCUUAAAAAUUUUGCCGAGGAACAUCGAGAACAUAACUGGCCUUUUACAGGCACUCCGUAAGGCUUUCAAGAAGCAUCUUCUAACCGUAGGGGUGGACCAGACGCAAAAGGCUGUUGAACCGGCUCUUAUGAAACUUCUACGUGUGGUGGACUUCGCGUGUUUCCGCACAAGUCGAGUGGGCCACGCGGACGAGAGGACAACACUCACCAACCCUUACAGAAAAUACGACAACAGUACAUCUGUACUUUUUCUGGAAGAGGAACUGGAAAAGCUGUCUUCGCUAGCGAAGAGGGCGCACUAUUCUCAUUUGUGUUUCACAUUAAUUCUUGGAGGGAAUAAAUUCACUCUCGAGGACGAAAAACACCAUGGGCUUGGCGCACCGGCCAGGCACAUUGGUGACGCGUCUUACAACGAGAUCUGCAACAAAAAAUGGGACAAUGUCCAUUACAUAGAACCAGCCAUAGGGAACUACGCAUAUAAAGGGUCAACUUGGAUAUCGUACGAAACCGAGAAGACCAUCGCUGCCAAGGUGCAGUUAGCCAUGAAGAAACAUCCCAAGUUCUGCAUCAUGCUCAGUCAAGUUGACCGAGACGACUACAAAGGAGCCUGCUCUGAAAAGCAUUUCCCUUUGGUACAAAGUGUAAGACACGCACUUUAUCACGCUUCAGCAACGCUACCAGCGUCCUUCAAAAAGCCCAGUCCAUCCCUCCAAGAUACCUAAAUGAACUAUAAAAAACAUACAUUUUGGAUCCCUUGGUUCAGACGCGUUGGAUGGAAUAAUUAUGACACUGCAGGAGACACAGGCACGUGUGCUUUGUAGGUUGAGUUAUAGGUACGGAGAUAUGACUGUUUUGUCCACCCACUAUAUGGGCACCGUCAAGCAAAUUCUCAAUAAAAGUUAUUAUACCGCUA